ACAAUAGUGGGAAAGUUUAGUCUUGGUUAGAAAAUUUUUUGAGAAUUAAAAUCAUAAUCAACCUAAUUUUGAAGUCACACUUUUAAGCUGCUCUCUUACUUUCAAAUUCUCCUUUUAAAAGCUAACCUGAAUACUCUCUAACAGAGGCAGACAUUCAAAUUAUUUUAAGAUAUGUCUACAUGGACUGCUUGAUAAGAAUCAUCAGUGUUUUAAGACGAAGAGGAUACGCUUAUUCACUUAACUUGGAAAGAUAUUCAAAUAAUCUACUUACUUCUAAGAUUAGUUACAUGGGGAAUCGCUCGACUGUGAACUUCAGCCACCAUAAUGGGUAAUCCUGAGAAAUGUUUCGUUCAGGUUCUGAAUGAAAAUGAUGUCGAUCUUAACUCUGUCUGCCGUUUGUGUUUUGCUGCAGAAUCAAACCUAGUUUCCAUUUCAGCCCAGCUUCGCUCUGCUGAGCACCCUGAUUGUACACCACUCACUGAUCUUGUAUAUGCGUGUGUUCAGCAAGAGGUGAAAGUAGAUGACGAGUAUCCACAGAACAUCUGUCAUACCUGUUUAAACUUUCUAGUUGCCUGGUCUGAAUUCAAAAAUAAAUGUGUAAAAACUAGUGAGCUUUUCAAGAAUUGGCACUCAAUUAAAGUGCACCUGGAGAGCCUUGAGAGUAAUGAAGUCAGUGGCACAAAGAACAAUGGUGUAAAAUCAGCUGAUCAAAAGGCUAGUGAAAAUGAGGAUUACUGGAUUUUGGUUGUCGAUGAUGACUGCUCUGGAGACAAAAAAACGCCUUCCAAUAUCCGAUCAAAUGUAAUCUCAUUGAAUAGAUUGGGAAACAACAAAACAGCCUCUCCCCAAAAAGUAAACCCACAACAAACCAGAAAACUACUCUCAAAUACAAAGAAACUUGUAUCCAAUAGUGCUCCUAAAAAGGUUGUUACUUUUAGUUCUGACACAAACAUGAAAGGUGUUUCAACGAAGGCAAGGAAGAACUUAGACCAGAUACAAAUGCUGAUUGCUCAGAACAAAUAUCAAAUGAGCAAUGGCUCUAUAGUGAUCAACACUGCCGAUUUAGCAUCUAUCAAUGAUAACACUGCCAAUAAAAGUGUCUCUGGAAUUAGGUCUGCUGGUGAUUUACUGAGGCAGACAUCUUUCGCAUCAGACGAUGAUGGAGAUGAUGAUGGUUCAAAUACUUCAGAGAGCAUCCCUUUGACCUCAAAUUCUGCUGUUGAUAGAAUUCAGCAACUCAUUGAGCGGAAUGAUGCUAUCCUAAAAACAUCAGCGGUUAGGGUGAGCAGGGCUCGCAAAGUAUUCAAAUCAGCCACUCAGCAGCAAACUCAGGCGAGUGUCUCUCCAGAAACUAGUUCCCACAGUGUUCAAAAUUACCCCAAAAGUCGACGUAAAAACCAGCAAGAAUCUCGGAAAAGGAAGCGCUCACAUGGACCUCAACACAAUAUAGCGUAUCAACAGAAUAUUGUAUCAUGUGACGUUUGUGGUGAACGGUUUUUCAACUAUGAAAGUCUUCUACACCAUGAUCAAAUUUCGCACAUGGAGUAUCCUCGCCUUUUCCAGUGUUCUAAAUGUGAGCAGGAAUACCUUACAGAUGAUCAUUUAAACCUUCAUAUGAUCUCAUAUCAUGGCACUGAAUCCAGUUCAGAAGAUGAGGGAGGUGGUGCUAGUAAAAAAGGCAAAUCCAAUGUCCGUAUUCGUAACUCUGGUGUACAACAGUCUGACAGUGAGUUGCAAUCUAUGAGUUGUGGAAUCUGUGACGAAAAAUUCAUGACAUUACCUGCCCUGAGAAAACACUUGGAAACGUGCGAAAACUCUGUAUUACUUGUAUAAAACUGUGUAUUAGGAUGUAUCUUUUAGCCUAUUAAUAAAUUCAAUGUGAUUAUAAAUUA